AUGAUGGACAAUCAGUUAGAAACCACCAAGAAACUCAACGGUAGUAAAUGCAAUAGAAAUAAUGACAUAGAAAAGGACAAAGUGGAUGCGAACGAAUUCGAGCAUGCUACGUCCUCGGAAAGUGUCGAUGCCGUUAGGUACCUCAACAACUCACGCGCUUUCAAAGGUGAUAAUUCCGACGGACAAAUCUCUUGGAACGUUAGAUCACGCAUCGCUGCAUGUGCUUUGAUAGCCGUCUAUGUUGGCACUCAGCUCCCACUUUAUUUUAUAGGAGGUACACUCAACUUCAUAGCUGCCGAUAUUGGCGGAGGGGAAAAGAUCUCCUGGCUGCCGGUUGCAUUUUCUCUAGCAAUUGCGGCCACUUGCCCAUUCGUUGGCUAUGUUGAAGACGUUGUAGGCCGCCGGGAAAUUGCCCUUGGUGGAUCCAUUCUGCUCUGUGUGGGCUCCGCGGUUAUAGGAAGUUCAAGGACACUGGGCCAAGCUAUCGCUGGAGCCGCCAUUGGUGGUAUAGGUAGCGGGGUUGGAGAAAUCACGGCUCUCGCUGGUGUCUCUGAAAUCGUUCCAGUCAACAGACGAGGUAUAUUCCUGGCCGGCCUUACUGCAGCUAUCAUUCCAUUCGCACCUUAUAUGAUGUAUUCUCAGUACUUCUCCACCUACACGACCUGGAGGUGGGGUUUAUGGAUUGCAUUGAUCGUCAACGGUACGGGAGGAAUUUUUCUAGCUCUUACGUAUUUCCCGAAACGAGUAUCUCAGUCAAGACUCUCAAAGAAGGAGAUCCUAGGACAGGUCGACUAUAUUGGGGCAUUUUUGUCUAUUGUUGGUCUUACCCUAUCCUUGGUUGCCCUUCAAUCUGGUGGGUAUACCUAUCCGUGGAAAAGCAGCCACGUUCUUUGCCCUCUUAUUAUCGGAAUAUUGCUCAUUGUAGCAUUUUUUCUCUGGGAAUGGAAAGGUGCAAAGAACCCUAUGGUUCCUAGAGAGAUCUUUGCCGGCCAAGGUAUUGUUGGCCUCGUUUUUGGCAUUGCAUUUGUAUCUGGCAUGAAUUUUUAUGCGGAGUUGAACUUUCUGCCUCUGUUAUAUACAAAUGUUUUUGAUCCGACACCAUACGCUAUUGGAACUAAAUCUCUAGGUGUUGCAUUCGGCACGUGUCUUGGCGCCGUGCUGGUUAAUGCGCUGCUGUCCAUUUGGAAAGAUCACAACAGAGAACUUCUCCUCUUUUUCUGUAUCAUCAUGACCUCCUUUGGAGGUGCGCUAUCAGCAGUAGACCCAGAUCGGCCGGCCCUGUCCGUUGUACUUAGUACACUUCUAGGCUUUGGCGUUGGAGGAGUCUUGGUCCCCGCACAAACCAUAGCCAUCACAGUGACGCCCGAUGCGUUCAUUGCCACAACAGUUGCACUGGCUAUCUCCAUACGGGUUCUUGGCGGCUCUAUCGGAUAUUCAAUCUACUACAACGUGUUCGUUAAUAAGCUUAAUGAAAAGCUACCCCUACUAAUCGGCGAGUUUGCCGUGGAAGCAGGCCUUCCUCUUGCAUCAGCAAAACAAUUUGUCGUCUCAUUUCUAACGACUCCGAACUUCAUGAGUCAAGUACCUGGAGUCACACCUGCUGUCAUUCAGGCGGCUGAAAUGGGCUCUAGGUGGGCAUAUUCCGAGAGUUUGGCUUACGUGUGGUAUGUGAGUGUUGCGUUCGGUGUCAUGUCAAUUGUUGCUUGUCUGUUCUUGGGAAAUGUCCGACCAUAUCUCACACAUCGAAUUGCUGUAGAGUUGAAUUAA